GUUUAGAAAUAUAGCACAUGUCAUCUUAGAAGUGUAUUUAAAAAGGAAAUAAAAACAGAACGUUGCAUUUUGGGGUAGGACAGACUCACAGGAGGAAGACAACAAAUUUUCUGUACCAGGUCAGCUGCUUUAUCUUUGGAGGAUGCUGUCAGAAGGUUACCUUUAUGGAAUUGCCUACCUUUGUGAAGACCUGAACCCUGAGCUCUACAGCAAGAGUUCAGCUGAGGAAGUGGUAUAUGAAAUGAGGUCCAUUAAUUAUUCUUCUAUGGAAGAAGCACAAGGAAAAAACCUCCUUCAGAGAUACAGAUCUGCUGGCAAGUGCAUUUCCUCAGUCUGUUCUAGAGGUAGCAGGCACAGCAGAAGGCAGAAGGAUAAUCUCCUACAGUCUGCACAGCACCCAGCACCCAAAGAGCAGCCGCCUCCAGCUACGCAUGUCUGUGAAGGGCUGACGAGAAAAGACACCUACCUGGUUCCAUCUUCCUGCAAAAGCAUUUGCAAGAACUACAAUGAUUUGCAUAUAGCUGGGGACUAUGUGGUGCCGAUUAGCUCGGUCACGACAGAUUUUACCUGUGACAGUGGCAUAGGCCCCUUCUUGGAGUCCUCAGAGAUUCCUCCCCCCAUGGAGUCUGUGAGGGUACCCCCCAGUGACACCAGCCGCAAGCCAGUCCAAGGCUACUCCUCGUGCUGGCGGCUGGCAAGCUUGGUGCCCCACCAGCAACCUCUCUCCGACUCAGCCCUGAACGACUACCUUGAACAGAAGCUGGUGGAACUCUAUAAGCAGUACAUCAUGGAUAGCACAGCAAACAGGGCAUCCCCCACUCAGAUCCUGGCCUCGGAGCUUAUCAUGACUAACGUAGAUCAAAUCAGCAUGCAGAUAUCACGGGAGAGGAAUAUGGAGACCACCAAGGCCAAAGACAUUGUCAUUAGCCGCUUCUUACAGAUAGCCAGUGGAAAAAUAUCAUCCGAAAUUAGCACACCUAGCCUGCACAUUUCCCAGUAUAGCCACACUAAUGCGUAGUAUUUGAAUGACUGCUGUUAGACAGCUGGUAUGUUCUGCAAAGUCAGGUUUUAGUUUCUUAGGACAUUUUUCUGCUUCAUAAAAAUGCAUUUACCACCUACCACUUAAAUUAAACCUUCCAGUACAUAUUCAAUAAGUAAAAAUAUUGGUACUGUACAGCCCCUAUCGUGGACCAGAUGAUUUAUUGCUUUGGUUUUUUUAAAGAAGUUUUUUCCCCAAAGGCUUAUUUUAGUGAGCCUCAGCCAUUAAAAAAGUUUUGUAGAAAAAUGACUAAGAGGAUAUGACAGUAUUCCAGGAGCUGAGGUGCUUGCAUUCUUCCCAUGUGCUUGACAAUUCAUUUCAACUUUCCUCUGUCUGGAGUCUACCAUCCUACCCCUGGGUCUACGUGAAGCCAAGGCUUACACCCAUGCAAGCACAAGCACAGUCAUCACAGAGCCACAGAAACGCAGGAUUCAGGACAUCAUCUAGUUCGUCUCCGUGCCCCACACGGCUUUACUUACGACAUGCCUCACAGAAAUUUUUGUAAUUUGUUCUUAAAGAUAUCAAGGGAUAGACACUUUAUGGUUUCUUCUACACUAACCCUAAUUACAUCAUUGGUGUCUUCCUGUUCAAAAGUUACCAUCCAUUUUUGUGAGGCAAAAACUGUUUCCAAACAGACUUCAUCAGCAGGAGUGUGCGUGCAUACCUGUGUGCGUUGCACCCCACUGAACUUUUACAGUGGGUGCUGGCGACUUGUGAUCACCACCUUUGCCAGCUGCCUGCAGACCUGCAGCUGUGGAACGGUCGUGCAGGGACAGUGACUAUAAUAAAGGGGGAAGAGGAAGAGGGAUUCACCUCUGUUAAGAGAAUUGCACAUUGAAAAAUAAGGGCUAAUCCAAAGCCCAUUUGAUUAAUGCAGACAGGAAAGCUGAAAUGGACUGCUCAGCAGCAUGGCUAACCCCUUCUUUUGUUAGGAUCAUUGCUGUGUCUCGUAGGUCAAGGUAAUUUGAACCUGAUGCAUUUCUAAUAGGAAAGUCCUUUUUUGUAAAAUUUCACUAAGUCUUAAUAAAGAAGAAGAAAAAAAAUAGCUGCCGUAUGGGCAAGGAUGGUUACCUACUUUGAGCCUGUAUAACAUAUAACACAUUGCCAAUGACAAUCCAUUAUUG